AUGGAUUUUAUGAACUCUUAUCCGCUUUUGCUCACUGCUGGCAAAGUUGUGGCCGGGAUUGUAGGCAUCGCGGCCGCAUUGGUGGCUUUGUUCCUGCUGAACCAGGUUUUCGGUGCCUUUUACCGCAUGACGAUUGGCGAGUGGUUCAACAACUGGAAGUUUAUUCCCAAGGUAAAGACUAGCGAUCCUCUUGCGUUUAUUUUUGGCGAUUUCCGCGCGAUCAAGAGUGUUGCUCCUGGCGAACAGCACGUGGAGUGGAUGAACAAGCUUGGUCCCGUGUACCGCUACCGUCACAUGUUUUUUGUCCAGCGCGUGUUGCUCGCUGAUCCCAAGGCGCUCGUACAUGUGCUGAGCCCUGCGAAGGCUUACCAGUAUCCUAAGCCGGAAUACACUAGUGCUUUCUUGACUGCAGCGCUUGGCCAAGGCUUGGUAUCGAUUGAGGGCGAGGCACACCGCCGCCAGCGCAAGAUUAUUGCGCCUGCCUUUGCGCCGGGUGUUGUCAAGGACUUUUACCCUGUUAUCCACAAGCAUGCACACUUGCUUGUGAAAAAAAUGCAUCAUGUUGCAGACCAGGAGAUUGCUCGCCGUGCCGGCAAGAUUCCGGAAGACACACAGAUCACGGGUAUGACUGAACCUGACCGCAAAUUUCCUCUUAAAGACUCCAACUCGGCUAUUAUCGACACUCUCUUUUGGCUUUCCCGCUCCACGCUCGACAUUAUCGGUGAGGUCGGGUUUAGCGCAGACUUUGAUUCGCUUGAGCGCGGCAAGGAUCACCCUCUUGCUGCCGCGAUGAACACUUUGAUUGGCGCCAUUCUUGACCUUGACCUCAUGCAGGCUAUCUUUUUGAUUCUUGCCGAGAAGCCUGGUUUGCAGUGGCUACGCCACUUGCCCAGCAAGCGUAACGAGCAGCUGCAGUACUCUCAGCGAGUCGUGCGCGAGCACGCCAAAGCCAUUGUGGAUCGCAUGCGUCAAGAGAUUCUCGAUGAGAACGCGCAUAUGGGCAAGGAAGGCUUUGAUGACUCUGACGUUUUGAAGCCCAAGUCGCUGAUUUCGCGCAUGGUUCGUGCGAACAUGGCCACGGGCCUGAAGCCAUCUGAGCGCAUGUCGAACGAAGAGCUCAUGGGUCAGAUGACGACACUGAUUAUUGCUGGCCACGAAACUACUGCUACUCAAAACACAUGGGCGCUUUGGCUGCUGGCCAUGCACCCCGAGGUUCAGGAUCGCCUUCGCAUGGAACUUCGGGACGCCGUUGCAAAGGAGAAGAGCGAGAUGGAUCUUCUGUCAGAGGAAGAACAGGCUAUUUACGAGUACCAGCCUCUCCGCGACGUUGCCGCGCUUCCUCUCCUUGACAAUGUCGUCAAGGAGACAGUGCGCAUGCUUCCUUCUGUGCCCAGUACCGUGCGUGUGGCGAUGAAGGACGACGUCGUUCCCUUGUCGCGUUCUUACAAGCGUGCUGAUGGCAAAGGCACUUUUAACUCGAUUGUGAUCCCCAAGGGCCACGAACUUUUUAUCCCGCUCAAUGUCAUUCAGAUGUCCAAGGACAUUUGGGGUGAAGAUGCCGACAAGUUCAAUCCGGACCGAUGGGACAACCUGCCGUCUUCGGUUGCUGGCGCCAAGAUGCCUCCGGGCCACACAUUUGCUUUCCUCACUGGCCCUCGCUCGUGCGUCGGCAAGCAGCUGGCCGUGAUGGAGACGCAGGUGAUUCUUGCCCACCUCUUGCUCAACUUUAAGUUUGAGGUUGUUCCCGGCUGGGACUUGGUCCAACGCCAACAGGUUGUCCGCCGCGCGUUUGUGGACGGCCAGAAAGCAGAAGGUAUCCGUAUGCCGCUAAUUGUCACGCCCCUGACGCCUUAA